UGUUCUUCCUAUAUUCCGCGUCUUGAAAACAAAGGAAAACGAAAAGAAACCCGUAAAACAGACAUAGCUUCUUAUCAGUCCCAUGUCUCUAUCUUCUUAACAACCCUCUCCCUCCUCCUUUGAAUUGAAAUAAAAAAACAUACUGAGAAAAGCUGAUACAUCUAGCCCAAAUGCUAAGCAAGGUUAGGUAAGAGAUAGCAACCUUAAACACCAUCAAAAACAGCAUAUCUAUUCCUUGGAUCUUGCAAUUGAAACUCAGUUCUUCUUUGGGAGAUUGUCAAAUGAAAUAACUGUCUCAGGGAAGAACUCUAACCUGGCUUGCUUUCCUCGGAUUCCGAUUCUGAUUCACUCUAUUUGUGUUUAGCCGUAGCGGUUGCUUUGGUUCUAUUAGAAAAUAAUGCAGCUUCAUAUAUCGCCAAGUUUGAGGCAUGUCACUGUGCUUCCAGGCAAAGGUGUUAGAGAAUACAUCAAAGUGAAGAUUGGAUCAAGGCGGGUUUCAUGUCGAAUGCUUAUCUAUUCGCUUCUAUUCUUCACCUUUCUUCUCCGGUUCGUGUUUGUGUUGACAGCAGUUGAUACCAUUGAUGGAGAAAGCAAGUGUUCUACUAUAGGUUGUCUGGGGAAAAAAUUAGGCCCAAGACUUUUGGGGAGCAGAUUGGAAUCAAAAGUUCCAGAUGUUAUGUAUCAAAUAUUGGAUAAACCCAUGAGCAAAGAUGAACUUCAAGGAAGAUUAGACAAUAUUCCUCAGACUUUAGAAGAUUUUAUGACUGAGAUCAAGGAAAGCAAACCAGAUGCAAAAACUUUUGCUCUCAAACUCAGAGAAAUGGUCAGCCUCAUGGAACAAAGAACCAGAACUGCCAAAAUCCAAGAAUACUUGUACAGGCACGUAGCAUCAAGCAGCAUACCGAAGCAGCUCCAUUGCCUUGCCCUCAGGCUAGCCAAUGAGCACUCGACCAAUGCAGCUGCUCGCCUCCAGCUUCCCUCCGCAGAACUUGUACCAGCCCUCGUCGACAAUUCCUACUUUCACUUUGUCCUUGCCACCGACAAUGUGCUUGCUGCAUCUGUCGUUGCAAAAUCCCUCGUCCGCAAUGCUUUACGCCCACAGAAAGUCAUUCUCCAUAUAAUCACUGAUAGAAAGACUUAUUUCCCUAUGCAAGCAUGGUUUUCCCUUCACUCCUUGUCACCUGCAAUUAUUGAGGUUAAGGCAUUGCAUCAUUUUGACUGGUUUACAAAGGGUAAAGUCCCAGUUUUAGAAGCAAUGGAGAAAGACCAGAAGGUUCGGUCACAGUUCAGAGGAGGGUCAUCCGCCAUUGUCGCAAAUGAGACUGAGAAACCUAAUGUCAUUGCAGCAAAGUUGCAGGCACUGAGUCCCAAAUAUAAUUCUGUGAUGAAUCAUAUUCGCAUCCAUUUACCAGAGUUGUUCCCAAGUCUCAAGAAGGUGGUGUUCUUGGACGACGACAUUGUGGUUCAAACUGAUCUUUCACCUUUAUGGGACAUUGAUAUGAAUGGGAAGGUUAAUGGAGCAGUGGAAACAUGUACAGGAGAAGAUAAAUUUGUAAUGUCGAAGCGAUUAAAGAGCUAUCUGAACUUCUCACAUCCUUCAAUAGCAGAAAAUUUUGAUCCUAAUGAAUGUGCAUGGGCUUAUGGCAUGAACAUCUUUGAUCUUGAGGCAUGGAGAAAUACCAACAUAAGCCUCACAUAUCAUCACUGGCUUGAACAGAACUUGAAAUCAGACCUAAGUUUGUGGCAGCUUGGGACUUUGCCUCCCGGCCUGAUAGCAUUUCAUGGUCACGUUCAUAUCAUCGACCCAUUUUGGCAUAUGCUGGGCCUAGGGUAUCAAGAGAAUACAAGUUUUGCGGAUGCGGAGACUGCAGGAGUCAUCCACUUCAAUGGCCGAGCAAAGCCAUGGCUUGAGAUAGCCUUUCCACAGCUCCGGCCAUUGUGGACAAAGUAUAUCAACUUCUCUGAUAAAUUUAUCAAGAGCUGCCACAUAAGAGCUUCCUAGGUUGGGAAGAAACUUUCUCCAACUAUAUGAUGAUAAAGAAGUACUUGUAAAUGCAAAGAAGAAAAACAAGAGAGUUCUUUGAUACCGGAUAUGAGAUGAUAGCUGCACCUCUUAAUUUCGGAUC